UUGUAAGAACUGAUAGGGAGAGUUGAAUGUUUGUAAAUACUAAAUAUAAUUCUAUGAAAAAAAAUAAUGACUAUCUUAUAGAGAAUAAUAAUAUUAUUGUACAGCGGAUAAUAGGUGCAAGAAGAUGGGAUAAUAUAUUUUGGGCAGUUGUUACUUUAGCUGCUGGUAGUGGUUUUUUCUUUACAGGUUUAUCUUCUUAUAUGAAAAAAACAAUUUUAUUUUUCAUUGCACCAUCAGAUUUAGCUUUUAUUCCUCAAGGUGUCUUAAUGUUAUUCUAUGGAGCAUUAGCGAUUUUCAUAAGUGUUUUUUUGUGGUUUACUAUUGCAUUAGAUAUAGGCAGUGGUUAUAAUAAAUUUGAUAAAUUAAAUAAUUCAAUUAAAAUUUUACGCUUAGGAUUCCCUGGCAAAAAUCGUUUUAUUAGUCUAGAAUAUGAAAUAAAUCACAUUAAAUGUGUUCAGGUAAGUAUUAAACAGGGAAUUAAUCCUAAACAUGAAAUUUACUUGUGCACCAAAAAUAAUAAUAAGAUUCCAUUAACACAAGUUUCUCAACCUAUACCUAUUGCAAUAAUAGAAUCAGAAGCCAGUAAAUUAGCAAGAUUUUUAGGAGUAUCAAUAGAAGAUAAAGAUAUAAAAAGUUAAACUAACUAUAUCAUUGAGUUAGUUUAAUAAAAGGCGAGCAUAGUUU